CAGUGGCCAGUGCGGCUGGCAGGGCCAAGGCUGGGCUGAGUGAGGGCCAGGCCAGGAGCACCAGCACUUGGGGAGCUCCCAGGGCUGGGGAGAGCGUGCAGAGGGUGCAGAGAACACCUCGGGUGAGGCAGGUGCCACCAUUGGGACCAUGGCUGGAAAGAUCACCAAAAUCCUGCUGGUGCUGGCUGUCCUCCAUUAUGCACUGAGGGCAAGUGCCCAGGCAGCGCAGACCACGGCAGAGGUCCUGACACAGCAAGAGGAACAGCAGGGCCAGAUGAGUUGGCUGGCCAGAGCUGGAAAGAUCACCAAAAUCCUGGUGCUGCUGGGCAUUCUGAAAUACACACUGAGGGUAGAUGUUCCAACAGUGAGGGUGACAGAAGAGGUCCUGAAGCAACAUGAGAAGGAGCGCAUCAUGGAGAUGACCCAGCUGCUGGCGAUGGAACAGAGGAUACAAAAGCAGCGUGGAUUCAGCCCAGGAAGAAUGCUCCUCUUGGCUUGCCAGGAGUGGCAGUUCUGGGUCGGUGCUGAAAUCCUCCUCGUGCUUUUUGGGGUCUACUGGCUGCCCAGGCAGAGCAACUCAGAUUGUGAUGACGACAGCCAGUGGGAAACCACCAGUGCCCAGGAGCAGACAGAGGACAAGGAGGAGGAGGAGAGCUGCGAGGAUAAUCCUGACUCUCAUGACAAGCCAGAGAAGCCCCCAGAUAAGAGCCACUGUGGAGGUUCUUCUGGUGAAACACGCCCCUGGCCGUGGGGAGCAGUGACAGGAAAAUGUGCUGUGCUACCUCCCCUCCUGGCUGAGGAGGCAAACAAGAGUUCAGAUUCCUGCUUCCUGUGCAGCCCCUGGAAAUAGUCCCAGUUGUGAUGCUCCCCCUUCCAGGAAGUGUGGAACCCUUUGUAAA